AUGCUUGAUUGUUGUUCUUUAUGUGAAAGACAUAAAGGAAAGAUAAACAAGGGACUCUUUUUAUUUCCUUAAGAAUAUAAUCAAUCAUAUAAGAAUUGCUACAUAUCUUAAAUUGUAUUGAAAUUGAUAGCUCUGAAUAAUAACAAAUUAAUUCUAUAGGAUGAUUUCAUGUUGUUAGAUAAUGAGCAAAAUAUUUGUGAAUUAUGCUGUUAAUUAAUGUAAUAUGGGUUUACAUGUAAGAAAUGCAAAAUACUAAAUUUUAUAUAGAAUGAAAAUAAUAGGAAAUGUCAAUUUUGUAAUACGAAUUUGUGUUGCCAUUGUGAAAAUAAAUUAGAGUUAUUUCCUAGUAAUUAAUCUAUUUGUUAUAGCUGUUAAAAAUAAGAAAUAAUUUCAAUAAAAAUAGCAUACAUAUUGAUGAUAAUGAUAGUAGGACUAUUUUUACCUUACUUAGGUUUCACAUAUCUUUUAACAAAGUUUUUUGAUCCAGUACAUCAGUAUGAAUUUUGUAAGAAAAAUGUUUUUAGAACAUUUUUAUUAUUUAUAAUAUUAUUUCCAAUAAUGUUUCCUUAUGUAGUAAUAGAACUUUUUAUGGAAGGAUUAAAAGCAAUAAUAAGAAAAUUAUAAUGA